AUGGAAAAAACAAUAAAUGCCAUUGAUUCAGCUCCAUUAGAUACAAAAUUUGAAAAUUCCAGAAAAGAAAUAAUAAAUAUUUUGAAAACUAAUGAAUCACCUACAGAAAAAAUUAACAAUAUAAAUCAAUUAAUGAAUCAUACAGAUUUUACAGAGGAAGAACAAGUUCAAUUUUAUAAAACAUUAACUGAUGCUGUUAUGUCAUCAAAAAAUAGUUAA